AUGGAGGGCGCAGCCCGGGUCCUGCUGAGGCGGGCCCGGGAAAGCCGCCGUUGUCAUGGCCGCCGCUCCCAGUACUUUCCGCCUUUUUCCCUCCUCCUCUUGUUCUUGUACCUCCAGGCGUCUCUUUCAAUUGCAUAUCUUUAUCCUGAAUGGUACUUAAGACAGAUCACUGGGGAUACAGAAACGGUGAAAUUAGUAGGAUCAACAAACUUUCCAGUCAAAAUUUAUGUCAUGUUGCAUCACAACAGUCCUCAUAUACUAUGUGUAACCAAAAGGCUGCGCAAUGUAGAGUUGAUAGACCCAGUAUUCCACUGGCAUGCACCAAUCGAUAAUGUCGUUGCAGAAAACUCCUCUGUACAAGUAACAACAUCAGGAAGCCUUAUAUUCCAAAAUUUCAGUGAAGAGAUGAGUGGAGUUUAUACUUGCUCCCUUUCAUAUAAACAUACUGCAGAAGAGGUGGAAAAAACUCUCCAACUAAAAUAUGUCAUAUACGCUUAUGUAAAUCCUAAUUUUUACUACCAGUUCACAGCUCGAUAUCAUUCUGCACCCUGCAAUAGUAUCUACAAUGUCUCAUUUCAGAAGAAGUUGCUUCGGGUUUUGAGCAAACUAGUUGCUGAACUUUCCUGUCAAAUAAUAUUACUGAAGUCUGAAUGUCAUCAGAUUAAGAUGCAGAGAGCUGGUUUACAAAAUGAAUUGUUCUUCACCUUUUCAGUUAUCCCCAUGGAAAAUGGAACAAAAAGACCUGAUGAAUGCACAAAUUCUUCUUGUGAUCCUGCUGAAAGACUAAAUAAGGCAAAAAAACUUAUAGAGAGAUUUUUUAUUGAACAAGUGAAAAUUCUGGAAAAACGUUUACAGUCCCUUCCUGAGAUAUACUAUAUUGAAGGUACUCUGCAAAUUGUAUGGAUUAAUCGUUGCAUUCCAGGAUAUGGGAUAAAUGCUUUGGUACAUCCAGGUUGUCCUAAUUGUUGUGUGAUCUGCAACCCUGGCACUUAUAACCCCCACAGUGGAACUCAUUGCCUUCAGUGCAACAGCAGCAUGGCAUAUGGAGCAAAGAAAUGCUAA